CUUGAUAAUAAAUUAAAAAAAAAAACAUAGAGUUUUCACCUCCCCGUACCGCUCCAAAGCGUAGCGUAAAGCGAGGCCAAAGCUAUUCGGAGAUUCCAAUGGCAAACAAAGCUGCAGGCUCUUCAUCUUCUACUUCUCUGGGGCAAGGAUUUGAAGAUGAAGAUGAGUUGAUGAUGACGAUAAAAGGUUCGGAGUCGGGUUGGGUUGAGGCUCGAACAUCUUGUGAUCACUUGGGUUCGCUAUCCUCCGACCUCUCUCACAUCCCAACUCCUAAUACUCCCUGCAAUAGGUGCCACCAUCCUAGUGAAAAUUGGCUGUGCUUGUCAUGUAAGGAUGUUCUUUGCAGCCGUUUUGUGAAUAAGCACAUGCUUCAACAUUAUCAUCAUACGAAUCAUUGUGUGGCUCUCAGCUAUAGUGACCUAUCAGUCUGGUGUUUUACUUGUGAUGCAUAUCUAGAUGCUCAAGUGAUUAUGCAGCUGAGGCCUGUCUAUGAGACUGCUUACAUCUUGAAAUUUGGUGAGGCACCUCCUUUUCGCACAGUUGAGCUUCCACAAGAUAGCACAUCAACUAAGAAUUAGCAUUAUCUGUACUAAUUGGGAUUAUCUCAGUUGGUAUACUCAUGGUCAAUUGCAGUUGAAAGCCAUGGAUAUGGCCCAAACUCUUUCCUAAACUGUAGAGAGGAAAAGAAAGAAGCUAUAUUAUUGUACUGGAGGUAUUUUGGCUGUCCUUUUUUAUCUUUGUUUAGGCCUUUUGCUUUAUAUAUAUGCAGGUUGAGGAGUUGGACAAUAUUGAAUUAGGAUUAAUCCAUGAUAUAUGAUACUAACAACCUUGCUCCA